UCAGCCCAUCCCUCUCUUUGCUCAGUGGGCGUGGUAUGACUUGGGAAAACAAACUGCAGACACCCUACGGUACUUCCUCACCCUGCACCACUUGAGUUUCCCCGCGCCUACUAGUCAGUUGGCCGUACCGUGCGUAAUUCCCCAAGAGUCGACUUGCCCAUUUCCCUCCCUACUGAGGUUCUGCGCGCUGGUUGUUGCGCACAGUACCACCAGGAGCGACUGGCAACAUCUCCGGCCAGCACUACUUUGAUUUUUUUUUUUAUCAAAUGGGGGGAGCAGACUACACCAGUGAGAGCCAAACGCCGACAGCACUUUGAACAAGCAAGCCUUCAGGAGCCGUCAUGUACUAGUGACAGACGGCAGUUGUAGAACAAGAAGAAACGGCAGACACUGAUAAACAUGAGCGGUGGAGAAAUCAUCUGCCAAGGCUGGCUGAGAAAGUCACCACCGGAGAAAAAACUAAGAAGAUAUGCAUGGAAGAAACGCUGGUUCAUACUUCGCAGCGGCCGCAUGAGCGGUGACCCUGAUGUUCUCGAGUACUACAAGAACGACCACUCCAAGAAACCCAUCCGGGUCAUCGAUCUGCACUGCUGCGAGCAGGUGGACGCUGGCCUGACCUUUAAGAGGAAGGAGUUCCAGGACAGCUUUGUGUUUGACAUCAAGACCUCAGACCGCACUUUUUAUCUUGUAGCUGAGACUGAGGAGGAGAUGAACAAGUGGGUCCGCUCCAUAUGUCAGCUGUGUGGGUUCAACCAGUCAGAUGACAACCACGAUGGCAGGUUACACCAUAUGACCCGUUCUGUUGGAGCAGAUGUCACCAGUUCAGUGGUUCCUCUGACGGGAGAACGCAAGGCCUCUGCCCCCAUCCAUUCCAGCCAGCCAGUCCUCUUCACCUUUGAUGUACCUGUGCGCCACACACACCAUAGCUCCCUGCCCAACAGCGCGCCCCAGGACUACCUCCUCCUCCACCAGUGCAUGAGCAGGAAGACAGAGAGUGCACGGAGUGCCAGUUUCUCCCAGGCCACAAGAAGCAAUCUGUUUAUGGGGAGUGAUUCUGCGGUGCAAAAACUCUCCCAUGGCUUUUCGCACUGUCUGAAUGGCAUGGGUGCUCAGUUGCAUGGCUUCUACAGCCUGCCCAAGCCAGGAAAACACCAGUCACCGGUGCAUGAUGACUCCCCCCAGGAGGCCUGUUAUGUGCUUCCGCGGGGUUACAGCUCUGAGGCACCGGCUCACAGCGGUCUAGGUGAGCCUGAGCUGGAGAACGAGGAGAUUUACACCUUUAAGACGCCCUGUAAUGCCCUCGCUACCAUGCACAGCAACGAGCGUCCACCUGACAAUUACGAUCUUCCUACAACACCUGGCUCCUUCUACCAGAUCCCCCGGACGUUUGAUAAGAAUCACAAUGCCUUGACACCCUCCAGCUCUGAGUCCUCCUGUGCUCCUCCUCCUAGGCCCCCUAAACCUAGCCAGGGGUCAGAGGGGCAGUGGGGUAGUCCCCAGUCAAUAGGGAGCCAGAACGGAGAGGUGACAUCUGCAGUGUCGGUUAUCCCACGAAGGAAUACUCUCCCUGCUGUGGAGAACAUCAGACUGCACAGAGGCUCCUCCUUUGAAACUAACAGCCAUCACCGUCCCAUCCAUUUCAACAACUCGGGCCAGUCUGUGGAGUCUGUCAAUGAUGGGUUCAGCUCCUACCUUAGGACCAAAGCCCCUCUAACUCGCUCAGACAGUGGCAACUCUGAUGACAACUAUGUGCCCAUGAAUCCUGGCUCCUCACCACUCAGCGCUGCCCAGGCUGACAGUCCUAAGAAUAUCUACAUUCCUAUGAGCCCUGGGCCACAUCACUUUGAUUUCCCAGGAUUCUCUGCAACAUUACCUGUCCGUAAGGGCAGCAGCGCCUCCCUGUGUCACCGACCGAGCCGUCUCAGUGAUGUCACACCACCACCCAUCAACCGCAACCUCAAACCUAACAGGAAAUCGAAGCCAACACCUCUUGAUUUGAAGAACAAUGGGAUCAUUGAUGAGCUGCCAUUUAAGAGCCCAGUCACCAUGUCCUGGACACGGCCCAUGCCUACAAUGAACUCCAUGUCCUCCCAACACUGUCGACCCAUUUCAACACAAAGCAUCACCAGCACUGAUUCUGCAGACAGCGAGGAGAAUUAUGUGGCUAUGAACCCAGCGUCUACCUCCCCAGCUGUGAGUGGCACCAGCAGCCCGGCCCCUAGGAAGUGUGGCAACGUGGACUACCUAGCACUGGACUUCCAACCUGGGUCACCUAGCCCACACAGAAAACCUUCCACAUCUUCUGUGACCUCUGAUGAAAAGGUGGACUAUGUGCAAGUUGACAAAGAGAAGACCCAGGCACUGCAAAGCACCAUGCAGGAAUGGACUGAUGUGCGGCAGUCUACUGAACCUGCCAAGGGAGUCAAAUCCUGACACUGACCUGUAUAAUAAAAAGACAAAAAAACAAAACAAAAUUUCAAUCUUAAGUCAAGCAUCUCCGGGAUCAUGUUUCUAUCAUUACUAUGAAUGCUGGUUGGGCUUAUUUAAGACUGAAAUAUAUGGACAAAAAGCCAUAACUUAUCCUAUGCGUGUUCUCUGUGAUGAUUUUUUUUACUGCAGUCCACUGCUAACAUGCAGGAAAUCAGGCCAUAGGGGUGAAGCACCCUGCCAUAGCUCUUCAUGCAGACAGUGUAUGGAUAAUUGAGAAUGUGUAUGAAAAUAUCAUCCUCAGUCAUUGAUCAGUCCUUCAUAAAUUGCAAGUGUUUCAUCAAAGCUGUCCCACCAACCCCUUUAUAAAACAUUUUUUGUAUCUAGCAGGUAAUUGCUGGCAUUUAAAAGAGUAGCAGAGGCUAACUGGUCGAUAACCAUAUUAAUAAACUGUAAGAGUAUGCUUACUGGUCUCAGGAAUGCUAAGAUGCACUCCCAAUUUUGGCAUGCAGGCAGACUCUCUCUUUUCAUUUCAAUCUAUCAUUUGUGCUGAGUCUUGCAGAAGCAGUGAAGAGAUUAUUUUCACUGCGGGCAAUCAUUUCAGCUUAGCAGUGCAUGUCUGGUAAGAGGAGGGGGGAAAAAUGCAGCCUUACGAAUACGUUGAAGGCCUAUGUCAGAAGCCCUAAUGAUAACUGCACAUGGCUGUUACCUCGGUUUCAAUUAAGUAUGAGCCCAGACCAUAUUUUAAAGCUGUCAGGCUGGAUGGCAGGCCAAUUAUUUCAAUGCAGGUACAAAGUCAGUACGUCCACAUGUACAGAAUGAAGAAAACGAGACAGAGGAGAAGAAGCAGCAUCUUGUAUCUUUGUAGGUUUGACUUUAGUGGUCAUUUCACUUCAGGUAAUAUUCUAAUUCAUUUCAUUGUAAAUGUGCACUGACCAAGAGUUGAAGGAAGUAAAAAUUAAGCAGGACGUGUACUUUCCAAGAAGUUUCUCUCCCUCUUUUUCUUUCUUCAUCUCUCUCUAGAGACCAUAAAUACAAGCUAAGUAGAAGGAGAAUAGCAUAUUUAUGUUUUCUGGAAUUCAACCAUUCUGAUGUAUGUCUUCAGUCUUUGAUAUGCCACACACUACUGCUAUGUCUCCGUAGAGUAAUUGUUUCCUGUUUGUAAAUUAUUAAUAGAAUGACAUAUUUGCAGGGCAUCUUAUUGACUGUUAGAAAUUUGAUGCACUCUGACAAAAAGUGCACUACAAUAAUAUAACAUUGAGCUUUUCUUGCAAAGGCAGCCUGCCACAAUGAAGAUUUACCAGUUGUCAUAGUCACUUAAAAAUAGUUGAGGAAAGAAUGUUUUCUUAAUUUCCAAAACUCUUCUAUUUGAUUAAUUUGCCUUAUAUUUUCCUUUCAGUUUAGACUGGAAAUUUUGCCUUUGAGAAAUUUAAUUAUUCACUGUAUUAUUCAAGUAAGAGCCAUAUUGUAUUUAGGCCAACUGAAUGAUCAGUUUGUAGUUUAACUUAAGUCCAGUAUUUCAUUGUGGGCUGGAACCACUGAAGGGUGAAUCCCCAUUUGAUCUUAAUAUGAAUUGUGUGGCCAUGCAGUGCUAGAUGGUAUUAUUGGUUAUUUCAUUAAGAUUUACUUCUUGAUGUUUUUCUACCAUUUUUACUGCUUUUUGUAUUUUUUUAUCAUUAUUUUCUACUGAUAAGUGUAAGCAAGUGAUAUUCACACAGAUGGGGUCAGGCUAAAUUAAGCUAAGUUUGUUACAUCAUGUAUUUUAUUCCUUUUUAGAUUCCUAAAUUGAAUUUUAUGAUCUAUACAUGAAAUGGGGAGGCUGGCAGUUUUGAGUUGCACUAGCAAAGCCUUUCCCAGGUGAACCGUGAUUCACAAACAGCGAGAGCAAGAAAGGAAAGAAAAGACUGAGGAAAAGCCUGUCUCCCUAUCAAGUCUCUGAAGUGAAAUGGAUGUGUAAUUUAUUAUCUAGAGAGAGACCUGUUGUAAGCAAAGAACUGUGUAUGUGUUGUGGUAGAUUGUGAGUUGUAGUAUGUUAAAUGAUAGCCUGACUGGGCAAGAUUGAAAACACUGCUCAGAUCUACUGUCAGACUGUCACUGGGUUGACGUACUGUACUAGUAGAUAUCAUUUUUUUAACCACUGUUAUUGCUACUACUGUAAAACAUUUGCAGAUUUAUUGUGUGUUAAUUUAUUAAUUUAUUGUGUUUAUUGUUUUGCAGUUGAAAAUUGUAAAAAGGAAAAAAAAGACCAAACAAGGAAAACUCCCUCUACUAACAUUGAUGUAUGCAAACUGUCUUGAUUUUGUGAAGCAAUAUGACAAACAAUGCCAGUGUGACGGUAAUGUGGUACAGUUCAUUUGGGAUACACAAGAAUAAAAUACUUUGUUAUUCCUGUAUUAUGGUAGAUUUAAACUGUGGAAUAAAUCAAGAAGUGAAA